CACACUAAAACAAAUCCCAAAACUUGACUCUUUCUCAAAUUUCUCCUACAAAACCCAUAAUUUCUCUAUAAAAUAAAUAAAAUUCCCCCUUAUAUUACAAAAUCAAAAUCUAAAAGAAAUGUUUCCAAAUAAUUUGCAUUAUCUAAUAAUCCUUGUAAUUUCCCUCAACAUAAUUCAUGAUUCCAAUGCUCAACCCCCAACUCCUGGCUACACUUGCACAAACAACAGCACAAUGACACCUUACCCUUGCCAAACCUAUGUAUUAUACAGAGCAAAAGCCCCAGAUUCAGCCACAAAAUCCCCAGAUUUAUUGAACCUUGCUGCAAUUGCAGACCUCUUCAAUGUCAGCAGGCUCAGCAUCUCAAAACCGAGUAAUAUUUCAGACCCAUCUUCCUCUCUCCUCCCUAAUCAACCCCUUUUCAUCCCCAUCUCAUGUGGGUGUCACCCUCUUCACAAUCAAUCUCUCUCCUUUUCCAACAUGACUUACACCAUCAAACCUGGUGACAAUUUUUACGACGUUUCUCAUGAUUUAUUCGGUGAUCUUACAACUUAUCAAUCUGUUGAACUUGUUAAUCCAACUCUCGAGGCUCUGAAUAUUCCAGUUGGGAUUGAUGUAUAUUUUCCUAUAUUCUGUAAGUGUCCUAGCAAUACCCAGUUGAGGAAUAAUGUUAAUUUCUUGAUUUCUUAUGUUUUUCUGCAUGAGGAUACUUUAGACACUGUUGCUUCCUUGUUCAAUGUGAGUAGACAAUCGAUUGUUGAUGCUAAUAAUAAUGCGAGUAGUCUUACACAAAUGGACACGGUUUUCGUGCCGGUUUCAAAACUUGUCGUGCUUAACCAACCCCCUGGUGUUGUUCCUACUACGAAUCAGACUAAUAAUAAUAAUCAGACUAAUGAUAACAAUCAGAAUACUACUGUGGUGAAUAAUAUAAUUGAUCAUAAAGGGGCUGUUGUUGGAUUAGGAGUUGGGUUGGGUGUGAGUGUUUUGUUGCUUGUUUUGGUGACUGGGUUGUUGAUUUUUAGAGAAAUUGAGUAUAGGAGGAAGUUGAAGGAGAGAGAUUUGGAGGUGAUUUCGAUGCAGGAGAGUGCAGGAAAAGGCGGCGAAAGGAGGAUAUUGAAGCAGUUAGAGCAGAAUAUGUUGUUGGCUGAUGUUUCUGAUACUUUGGACAAGUAUAAGAUUUAUGAGAUUGCUGAAUUGAGAAAAGCUACUGAUGGGUUUGAUGAGAAGUGUGUGAUUCAAGGUUCUGUUUAUAAGGGUUGUAUUGAUGGGAGAUUCUUUGCUAUUAAGAAGAUGAAGUGGAAUGCUUAUGAAGAAUUGAAGAUCUUACAGAAGGUGAAUCAUGGAAACCUGGUGAAGUUGGAAGGGUUUUCAAUAGACCCUGAGGAUGCUAGUUGCUACCUGGUGUAUGAGUACAUCGAAAAUGGAUCUCUUUACUUGUGGCUACACGAGAACAAGGGAAAGUUAUUAAACUGGAAGGCUAGACUAAAAAUCUCAAUCGAUAUUGCAAAUGGUCUUCAAUACAUCCAUGAACAUACAAGGCCACAAGUGGUUCACAAAGACAUAAAGAGCAGCAACAUUCUCCUUGACAGCAAUAUGAGAGCUAAAAUUGCUAAUUUUGGAUUAGCAAAAUCAGGGUGUAAUGCUAUUACAAUGCACAUUGUUGGAACCCAAGGCUAUAUUGCACCUGAAUACUUGUCUGAUGGUGUAGUCUCUCCGAAAAUGGAUGUGUUUUCAUUUGGAGUAGUUUUGCUUGAGUUGAUUUCAGGUAGGCAGUCCAUUGAUGAUGAGGGAAAAGUGCUUUGGAUGAGUGCUCAUGAAAUAUGGGAGUGCACUGAUGAGACAGAAAGGGUGAAGAAGUUGAUGGAAUGGCAGAUGGAUAAGUCACUUGAAAAGGAAUCUUACUCGGUUGAGGCUUUGACAAAUAUGAUGACUGUGGCUGUUGCUUGUGUUAAUAAGGAUCCCUCAAAGCGCCCCGGUAUAGUAGAUGUGUUGUACGCCUUGUGCAAGAGUGAUGACCUCUACAACACAUCUGCAAAUGGAUUUUCUUCGUUUUCUAGUACAGCAACAUAGAACAAAAGUUAUGGGUUAGAAUGCGUGUACAUGGUAUUUAGAGGUGCCAUUGGCACACUACUAUUCACAUCUGAGAUAAGGUAGUCGUAGUUAUUCCUCCUAUGUUUACAUGUAAAAUAUCCGAAAAAAAUUAAUAUAAGUCAGCUCACGGGAGUUUUGGUAUUUACUACCUUAAAAAUACCCCACUUUUAA